AUGGCAGCCCUGUCCAAACAACUGGUGCACGAGCAUGACCUGAAUUGGUGGGUGUGCUGCAAUCGCUUGUGGAUUGGACUGAAGUAUGUACACAUGUUAAGACUGUCAGGUUACUUGAGAAGAAUGUUGGGAAUCCUAUCCCGUGCUGUGCUGCCCGAUAUUGCCUGGUCAUCAAGCAUGCAUAAAACAUGCGCCUGCAGGAUCGGGCGACUCUGGCGCGAGGCGGCCGCCCUGAUCAAUGGCUUCGUGGAGGUCCUCUUCAACUCUGUCAGCGCGCAGACCAUGAUCUGUGACUGGAAAUCACAGAAGGAAUUUGACAACUUGAUCAUUGAUCCGCCGACUGUGGUGAAGAUUCUUGAUGACAAAUGUACAGAUGGGUUCAUUGAUGACUAUCUUAGGAAAGAUGUAGCAGAAAUAGAACUUCUCGAGACGGAACUGGAGAGGAACGAGGCUAACAAAAACUCACUUGAGAUCAAAGGGAAAAACCCAAAAGGUAUAGUUUUACCUCUGAUAGUUGUGAAGCCUGGAAUGCUAAUGGUUGAACUAUGCGAAACUUUGGAAAACUUGGUUCGAAAACUUAUCAAGGAGAACGGAUUACAAGCAGGUAUUGCCUUUCCAACAGGAUGCUCCUUAAAUUGGGUUGCAGCUCACUGGACUCCAAAUUCUGGUGAUAAAACUGUACUACAAUAUGAUGAUGUGAUGAAGCUGGAUUUUGGGACACAUAUAGAUGGGCACAUAGUUGAUUCUUCAUUUACUGUCGCCUUUAAUCCCAUGUUUAAUCCAUUGCUUCAGGCAACGAGAGAUGCCACAAAUACUGGAAUCAAGGAAGCUGGAAUAGAUGCACGGCUUUGUAAUGUCGGUGCUACAAUCCAAGAAGUCAUGGAGUCAUAUGAGGUUGAAAUUAAUGGGAAAGUUUUCCAAGUAAAAAGUGUACGAAGUCUCAAUGGACAUGGCAUUGGACCAUACCAAAUCCAUUAUGGGAAAUCAGUUCCAAUUGUAAAAGCAGCAGAGCAAACAAAAAUGGAGGAGGGUGAAUUUUAUGCCAUUGAAACAUUUGGGUCCACAGGAAAGGGAUUUGUGAGGGAGGAUCUGGAAUGCAGUCAUUACAUGAAGAACUUUGAUGUUGGGCAUGUGCCAUUGAGGGUAGCAAAAGCUAGGCAGCUACUCGCGACAAUCAACAACAACUUUGGAACCCUUACUUUUUGCCGCCGGUACUUGGACCACAUUGGUCAGACCAAGUAUCUAAUGGCACUGAAAAAUCUGUGUGAUGCUGGUAUUGUGCAGCCGUACCCUCCAGUGUGCGGUGUGAGGGGAAGCUAUGUGUCACAAUUUGAGCACACCAUUUUGCUUCGACCAACCUGUAAAGAAGUCAUAUCCAAAGGCGACAACUAUUGA